CAGGAUUUUGAGGACCUGAAGAAUGAAAUCAAGAACCAAGAUGUAAGGCAGAAGCUCCGAAGUUUGUACGGAACCCCCAAAAAUGUGGAUCUCUUCCCAGCCCUGAUCGUGGAGGAUCUGAUCCCAGGGUCCCGCGUUGGUCCAACUCUCAUGUGUGCCUUCUGGUCACUCAGUUUAAGAGGCUUCGGGAUGGAGACAGGUUCUGGUACAGUAACCCUGGUGUCUUCACCCCGGCCCAGCUCACUGAAAUCAAGCAGACCUCAUUGGCUCGAGUCCUGUGUGACAAUGGUGACAACAUUCAGCACAUCCAGGAGGAUGUAUUCCAAGUGGCUCUCUUUCCCCGAGACAUGCGGCCCUGCGGUGACAUCCCCGGCCUGGAUCUGCGCUUCUGGAAGGAAUGCUGCGAUGGUUGUGGGACGCAGGGUCAGUCCGAUGCCCUCUCUUCACACUUCCGGAACCGACGGGAUGAGGAAUUCAGUUAUACUGACCGAUUCAGCCCAGAGGACUCCAGACCGGAGGAGUACCUACAAGAGGACUCUGAAGACGACUACAUCUCAACACUUGAAACAACCCUCGCAGCGUUACAGAGCAAGGUGAAGGAAAUGGAAAGCCAGUUGAAGCAGCUGCAGAAAGCACAGACGGCCAUAAGGGGGCAGCACCCAUUAUAG